GUUUCUUUUUAUUGAAUCUUGAAGCUCAAGUUCAUGGCUUCAUCAAAAGGUGCUUCAAAUCCUGAAGUUAGCUCUCACCUGGAGCCUGUGUGUUGUUCUACCCUUUGGCUGGGAACACAGUCACCUGGGAAUCAUUCCAGCAGGUGGCUUCUGAAGUCCAACCUGCUAGGUUGAAAUCUGACACUGACACACACUCCGGGAGCUGCUGGCGGAAAGCUCAACCAGGAACCAGGAAAUGCACAAGCCUCUUGAUGCAUAAAAACAGCUGGGCUCCCUUGGAGACGGAGUGCCAUGGGAAACCGGGUCUGCUGCGGGGGAAGCUGGAGCUGCCCAUCAACUUCCAAGAAGAAAAAGAAAAGAGGAAGCCAAGCAAGAGGGACACUGAAGCCGCAGCCACAAGAGCUGCCGCAGAAUGACCCAAAGGACCACGAAACAACAGGACAUACGUAUGAGCGAGUGUUACAGCAGCAAGGGUCUCAACAGAGGAGUCCAGGCCUCAUGUCAGAAGACAGCAACUUACAUUACGCUGACAUUCAAGUGUGCAGCCGUCCCCAGCCACGCUCUGGCCGGGAGGUGAAACACGUGCAUUUAGAACACGCUACAGAGUAUGCGAUCCUUCGCUUCCCGCAGGCCACACCUCGCUAUGACAGCAAGAACGGGACCCUGGUGUGAGCCUUGGGGAGGCAGACCCAGCCCAUGUUAACCACUACUCCUGUGCGGGAGAAUCUACUGCUUUGGGGAAUUGGGUGGCAACCCAGGGAUGUUGGUCAUGUUUUAAGCUUGAAGAACUCCAGGCUGGGCACGGUGGUGCAUGCCUGUAAUCCCAGCACUUUGGGAG